AUGCCAAAUACUAUAACAUUUGAAAGGGAAAAACUUAAUCAGGCUAUGUAUCAGAAGUUGAAGAGGUUUAUCAUGAAUAAGCGCAAGCGGGAGGCUGAAGAGCGUGCUCAAGCCGAUUAUUAUAAGCGGCUGAAGAAAGAGCGUGAGGAACGCAAGAGGCAGAUUAAAUUUUCCACUGAAUCUCUGGAAAAUGCAAAACGUGAACAAAUAACUCAGGAGUGCAAAAUGAGAGAAGCGGAGAUUAGAGCCAGAAAUCAACAUGUUCAAAUGGAUAAGGCAGGAUUGUAUGCCGACCAGUGUCAAAACAGAACUUCUCAAGAAGCUAUUCUUACACUGCCAAAGGCUUCACAUAAAGGAUUUGGAGGUGGCUGCUCACUAGAUCUUAUCAAUCAAACAAAUGCUUUGAGGAAGCAAGUUGGCCAAUUGUACUGUCCAAGUCAGUUCUCCUCACCAUCGGCUUCGACUCAUGGAGUCCACGACACCUCGGCUGCCAAUCACAGUAUUGGGUCAGCCGCGUUUGCGGGGUUGGAUAAACGUCAACUAGCUCUGUACGGUUCACUUAUUCCUCAACAGCAGCAGCUUCCUCCCAAAAAUCUCCUCGAUGGUCCAGCUACUAGUGGUUUGGGGAACCGAGAGAUGACAGCACAGGAGCUUCAAGCAAUUUCCAAAUACCUUGUCGAGCUUGGUGCUGCCAGUGGCAAAAUGCAAUCAGCGGAGAUAUUGAAUGCAAUCAAUGCGGGUACCCUGUCAGCAUUUUUGAACAAUCCCAAAUUGGCGGCAAUGGUGGCCGCUUCCUCCCUCGGUUCAAACCCACGCUCUCCCUCUACUUCGGGUGUGGCCGUCCCCACCGGUGUCUCGUCUUCCAUCGCUGUUGGAUCGUCCCUCAAUAGUGGCAAUAACGGUGGUAAUGGAACAUUCCUUCCUCCUGCGCCUACCGGCUAUCGAGGCAGCAUUACCACAGGCCAAUCCGCUCAGCAAAUCCAACUGGCCCAGCAGCUUGCAGCUCAACAGGCCGCUGCACUCUACGCCAGUCGAGGGGCCUCGCAACCCCAACCACCGCAGUCGCAGUAG